GGCCCGCGCAACAAACAAGGAAGUCUCGAGUCUACUCGGUGUAUAUCAAGCUAUGGCGGAGAUUCGUGUCAACAUGGAGGUUGGAAGUGACGGUGUUGCAGUAAUCGAGAUCUUGAAUCCUCCCGUAAACGCACUCGCCAUUCCAAUACUUGCUGGACUGAAGGAGAAGUUCCAUGAGGCAACUAGGAGAGGCGAUGUGAGGGCUAUUGUUUUGACUGGCAAAGGUGGAAGGUUUUCUGGUGGUUUUGACAUCAAUGUGUUCCGGAAUGUUCACAAUACUGGGGAUGUUUCUUUAAUGCCUGAUGUAUCUGUGGAUCUUGUUGUCAAUGCCAUUGAAGAUUGCAAGAAGCCGGUUGUUGCAGCUAUGGAAGGAUUAGCUCUAGGAGGUGGCUUAGAGUUGGCAAUGGGAUGUCAUGCUCGAGUUGCCACACCAAAAACUCAACUUGGCCUGCCAGAGUUGACACUUGGGGUGAUUCCUGGGUUUGGAGGUACACAACGUCUUCCUAGGCUUGUAGGGCUGUCAAAGGCUGUCCAAAUGAUGCUAUUAUCCAAAUCAAUUAUGUCUGAAGAAGGGAAUAAGCUAGGUCUUAUUGAUGCCAUAGUGUCUACUGGAGAGUUGCUGAAAGUAUCUCAGCAAUGUGCCUUAGAUAUCGCUGAAAGGCGCAGGCCAUGGAUGCGCUCUCUUCACAGAACAGACAAGCUUGGUUCCCUUGCCGAGGCACGUGAAAUAUUGAAAACUGCAAGGCACCAGGCCAAGAAGACUGCCCCAAACAUACCUCAGCACCUCGCAUGCCUUGAUGUGAUUGAGGACGGUAUUAUUCAUGGAGGAUAUAAUGGUGUUCUGAAGGAGGCAAAAGUAUUUAAGGAUUUGGUCCUGUCAGACACCUCAAAAGGUCUUGUUCAUUUCUUCUUUGCCCAACGUGCAACUUCAAAGAUUCCUCAUGUUACUGAUAUUGGGCUGAAACCUAGGCAUGUGAAGAAAGCAGCUGUAAUUGGUGGAGGCUUAAUGGGUUCUGGAAUUGCUACUGCUCUUAUUUUGAGCGAUAUAAAUGUUGUUCUUAAGGAAAUCAAUUCUGAAUAUCUUCUGAAGGGAAUAAAAUUAAUAGAAGGAAAUGUUCAGAGCUUGGUAGAGAAAGGAAAGUUGACACAGGAUAAGGCAGAGAGGGCUUUCUCAAAGCUUAAAGGUGUAUUGGAUUACUCUGAAUUUAAAGAUGUAGAUAUGGUCAUAGAGGCAGUCAUUGAGAACAUUCCUCUGAAGCAAAAAAUAUUUACUGAAAUUGAGAAGGAAUGCCCUUCUCACUGCAUUUUGGCAACAAAUACAUCUACAAUUGACCUAAAUAUAGUUGGGGAGAAGACCAAUUCUCAGGAUCGUAUUAUUGGGGCUCAUUUUUUCAGUCCUGCUCACAUAAUGCCCCUUUUGGAGAUUGUACGGACAGAGAAGACAUCUGCACAAGUAAUUCUUGAUCUCAUGGCAGUUGGGAAACUGAUAAAGAAAGUUCCUGUUGUGGUGGGAAAUUGCACUGGCUUUGCAGUCAAUCGAGCAUUCUUGCCAUAUGGGCCGUGUUCACAUCUUCUGGUCCACUUAGGUGUGGACCCUUUCAGAAUCGACCGCGUUAUUAAUAGUUUUGGCCUUCCUGUGGGUCCUUUCACGCUGCAGGAUGUUGCUGGAUAUGAGGUGGCCAUUGCAGCUGGGAAAAUAUUUGCCGAUGCAUUCCCCGAUCGCACAUUCCAUACACCUUUGGUUAAACUUCUAAUUGAAAAUGGAAGAAAUGGCAAGAAUAAUGGAAGGGGAUAUUACAUCUUUGAGAAGGGAAGCAAGCCAAAGCCUGAUCCCUCAGUUCUUCCAAUUAUUGAAGAGUCUAGACGGCUUGCCAAUCUUAUGCCCGGCGGAAAGCCAAUUUCUGUAACAGAUCAAGAAAUAUUAGAGAUGAUACUCUUUUCAGUGGUGAAUGAGGCAUGUCGUGUCUUGGAUGAAGGACUUGUUGUUCGAGCUUCUGACCUGGACGUUGCAUCUGUACUUGGAAUGAGUUUCCCAUCUCACCGAGGUGGUAUUGUUUUUUGGGCAGAUCUAGUUGGGGUUAAUCAUGUAUUUACAAGUCUCAAGAAGUGGUCACAACUAUAUGGUAACUUCUUCAAACCGUCAAGAUACUUGGAAGAAAGGGCAGAGAGAGGGAUGCUGUUGAGUGAUCCCUCUCCAGCUACAGGAUCAAGGUCACGCUUGUAAGGAUGAAAUUUUAUGAUUAUCAGUCGUCUAGCAUAAUUCCCUUCAGGUAAACCGUAACUGAUGUAAUGAUUUACUUCCUUGCUUUGAGUAAAACACCGUAAUCAAUAAGAAGAUUGACACAAGCUAUGUAAAUUCUUUCUGUUCCUAUUUCUGUAAUUGUUCUGUAUUAAGGAAUCGCAGUGAGCUAUUUGUUGAUGUUAAAACCCUUUCAUGGAAAUCAUCAAAUUGGAUUAAGUUCUUGUGUUUGACUGAAAGGCCUGCAUUCUUUGUGGGGAUUGGAAUUGGAGAACGACGGUAUUUCUCUCUC